AUGCCAAAACGACAGCGAUAUUAUUCCAUUUUUUCGCCCCCGAGUCUUUCUAUGUCAGAGCUUGUAAAGACUACCCUUGAUCACGAGUCCACGGAUAGGCUCAUUGAAAAGUGGCUGGAACAUCACAAUGCAGGCCAUGACGCCUACAAUGAAUGGUUUAGGGAUGUUCGUGAGCGGAAACACGAACAUUUUGGAAAGCAAAUUAUUGCGUGGAACAAAGGAGCUUUUGCACCGGAGAAUGUAUUCUGUCGAACCGUCGACACUGGUCGUUUGAUUCCUCUAGAUCGCACCUGGACAACCCAUGUUUUUCAUCAUCAUUCAAUGCAAGAGAGGAAGAGGUCAAUGAUGCCAGUUGUUCUUACAAUGUUGCCAGAACUCAUGCUUCUUCGUGGCAUGCACGACCGCGGCUGCGAUGAAAUCUACAUCAUUGUCACUGAUCUCAAAAGACAAGAAAUGGAUGAUGUAACUGAGUACUUCAAACUUGUUUGCAAGCACUGUUUCGGACAACCUUGUAAACCUACAAUGGAGAAACGGAUAUUAUACGAACAUAUGCGGUUAAGCCAUACAUUGCUCCGACAACGAAGGACCCCAUGUUUUCCCCAGAUCGAUCUUGCCGUUCGGGCUAUCCUAUAUGAAAAACAACCACGAUUCCUUGUACUCUUCUCCUAUCAAACAACGUCAUAUUCUCAGAUCUUUUUCACCGACCCAGUGUUCGUACCCGACGAAGACCUAUUCCAUGACUAUCCGACAGGUUGUCCGACAUGUUGCACCGAUGACUGUGAAAUGAUUCGGUUCCCCAGACGAGGGCUUGAAACUGCAUCUGUGCUCAAAAUCAAAACGAAGACGAAGCGCAAAAGGGUAAAACCACGGGAUAUGUGUAAUUGGAUUGACUGUGAUGUAUCAUUCGGAGUCGUUCCUCGGCAUCGAAAAAGUACCAGCGAGAGCUCUGAAUGCUCGAACGUCUGCGAUGAACAGCAUCCACAGGAGAAAACAAUGAUUUUAGGACAAGUGUGUAGCAAGUGCAAACUUGUUAAAUAUUGCUCGCCAGAGCACCAACGGAACGACUGGGACGAGCACAAACGCGUUUGUGUUAAAGCAUAG